CUUUUUGGGGGCUGACGUUCACAAUCUUAGUACCAGUGGUGGGGUUAGUGUGUUUGCGCUGCCUCUUUCAAGAUUGAACCAGUUUUUGGAGCCACGGAUCCCCGAGAAGUUACGUUUGGGUGACCUGGACUCAGGAGAUGUUGCAUGUUCCUUUUAUAUCCAAGCACGGUGCCUCAUUUUUCCUCCCGCACAUUCCUUGUGCGUUGGUCUGUGUGCUUGGCUCUAGAUUAAGAGGAGAGCCCAGCUCUGCAAGUAAAUGCAUUCCAAACAACGAGUCUGUAAAUAACUUUUCAAACACAAAGUUCUGUGUUUCGAAACCACACAGUAGCCGUCAGGGCAAAACAUUUAAUAGUGCGAAUAGCCAAGAAAGAAACUGGAGUCGAGCCUGCGGGAGGAGCUGAGAAGCGAGCUGCGCUUUAAAAGUCACUUACGGACUUGAAGAAAAAAAGUUAAGAAUUUUAGGAAAGGAAAUAUGCAAGAUCGAAAGUGCAGAAGCAUGAAUGUCCUACCUGUGCCCUUUCAAUCCUGUGAAUAUGUAUUCCAGAUGUCUGUGACUUUGUGGGUGUUCAAAUGGAUGAACAGAACUUGUUCUGAUUCUCCAGGUACUUUAUGCUCAAGAACAAAAGAGCCCAGUGUCACCUCUGCCAAAACUGAAUCUGGAACGCAUUUUACACAUACGUCUUCGGAGGUCUGAGUUUUGGAGCACAGAGGGCACUACCUUAAUGUGACCAAGCAUUGUUACGUUAAUUUGAUUAAGAUUUGAAGUGACUGGUAUGAACCCUCUGUCUCCUUAUUUAAAUGUGGAUCCACGUUAUCUCGUGCAGGAUACAGAUGAGUUUAUUUUACCGACUGGAGCUAAUAAAACCCGGGGUAGAUUCGAACUGGCAUUCUUUACCAUUGGAGGAUGUUGUAUGACAGGGGCUGCAUUUGGAGCAAUGAACGGUCUACGGCUAGGAUUGAAGGAAACCCAGAAUAUGCCCUGGUCCAAACCAAGAAACGUACAGAUUUUGAACAUGGUGACUAGGCAAGGGGCACUUUGGGCUAAUACUCUAGGUUCUCUGGCUUUGCUCUAUAGUGCAUUUGGUGUCAUCAUUGAGAAAACACGAGGUGCAGAAGAUGACCUUAACACAGUAGCAGCUGGAACCAUGACAGGCAUGUUGUAUAAAUGUACAGGUGGUUUUCGAGGGGCAGCACGAGGUGGGCUAGCAGGACUGACGCUUACCAGCCUCUACGCACUCUAUAAUAACUGGGAGCACAUGAAAGGCUCCUUGCUCCAACAGUCACUCUGAAGAUUUGCCAACUUGUGAAUGGAGGACACUUUAGUAGCAAUCCAGAUCAAUUUAUAGGUCAGUCUGGAGUUACUCUUUCUUCCUACAAUUAGUUUGAAAAAUUGGAGAUACCAGUUUGCUGUGGCGAAGAUCAUGGUUGGUUGACCGGGACUGGCACUCUUUCCAGCCCAAGCUGAAGCCAAAACCCUCUGGUGGCUGAGUAAUGUGGUUCUCCCUUUCCCUCGAACUGGAAAACUACUUACUCACAGAAUUCACGUUGUGAUGGUUGUCGAUAGUAUAUCACCGCAUUUGUUUAUUUAAUGAUCUGAAACUGUAAUGUUCCCUUGUAUUCCCAAUAAAAGGUGAAAACAGAA